GAAUGGAUUGGAUUGUCAAGACUCUCAACACAAGAUCAAACAAAAAUAUCCACCUAAACCAAAAUCCCCUCCUCUCUUCCCCACGCGCACACACAAUCUGAUCUCUUUCAAUCUUAUUUUGGCAAAAAAAAAAUCUCUUUCAAUCUUUUGCGUAAGAGAAAGAAAGAAAGAGAGACAGAGAGAGAUAUGGGUACGAUAAACCAAGGAAUAAGCUUGUACGAUGAACCACAACGCAUCAUAAACCCUAGUAGGAACCAUCUCGGUUUUUUUCUCUCUUUCCCUAAUCAAACGUUAUCUUCUUCUCCUACAUCCUCUCCUUCUCUCGUGUCUCCAUUUAUAGGCCACCACUCCUUAAACUCCUUCCUUCAACAUAACCCCCCUUCAUAUCUAACUCAUCCUCAAGAUCCCAUCAAUUCCAUGGCGAAUCUCCCAGAAACUCUAAUCUCGAUCUCCUCGUUAUCCGCAUCAAAGCAAAAGGAUGCUCAUGAUACUAUUGUUAAUCUUGAUCAUCAUCGUCUCAAUUGUGGUACAUCAUCAAGGUCCUCUUUAAAUCAAUGGGCAGGGAGUUUUCAAGCAGAAUAUGGAUACAGUAAGAAAAACAACCAUGGAAGCGAGAUUCAUGUAUAUGAUAUUGAUGAUGAUGUUGGUAAUGGUGGUCGUAUUAAUGUUGACGAGGAUCAUCAACAUAAUGAUACUCUUCGUCGUCAUAAACAUAAUACGACGCCUGUAGGAGUAGGGUGUACUCUAAAGAUGAAGAAGCUUAAGACAAGAAGAAAAGUAAGGGAGCCUCGGUUUUGCUUUAAGACGCUAAGUGAUGUUGAUGUCUUAGAUGAUGGAUAUAGAUGGAGAAAAUAUGGUCAGAAAGUUGUCAAAAACACUCAACAUCCCAGGAGCUAUUACAGGUGUACACAGGACAAGUGCAGGGUGAAGAAGAGAGUGGAGAGAUUAGCAGAUGAUCCAAAAAUGGUAAUCACUACUUACGAAGGAAGACAUCUUCACGCUCCUUCUAAUCAUCUCGAUGACGACUCUCUCUCCUACUCUCACCACUCUCAUCUCUCCAACUUCUUCUGGUGAUAUUCUAAUUUGUCUUGGUUGUUUUUAUCUAAAGUUAAUCAAUCCUGCCUCGAACUAAUUAUUGCUAUGUUAAUCAAUAACUAUAUCUAUAUUCUCGUUAGGAAAUAGUUACGUGGUUUUAUAUGUGUAAUGUGUGUUGUGCGGUGGUUUAGGUUUGUUUUCUCGUGAGGUUAACAAUGUACCUUUUUACAAUCUGAGGGUUUUGUAUGUGGACGUGUCGGGAGACGAUUCCUUAUUUUAUGUGGUGUGAUUAGCAAAAUUUAAGGCUUUGCAGUUUGUAUGGUCAAAUAUAUUAGCGGUGGAUGCAGCAUAUGGUCGCAUCACACUUAAGCACAUUUAUAUGCAAUAAGAUCCCAAGUUUUAAAUACA